AAAAGUAAUGAGUUGUCAAUAUUUUAUCUUAUCUAUAUUAUCGUUGUAUGCUAAAUAAAUUCUUCUUCUUCUGCUGUUAAUCAGCGAAACAAAUUAGCAUCGAUUACUUUCGCCAAUAACGUAUAACAUACUUUACGGCGUCAUUUUUGAUAUCGUUUAAACAUGUGAUUUUUAUUUACAUUUUUUAUUAGAGAUCAGAUGCUGAUAGAUUAGUUGUGCGAAUAGCGUGAAUACUUCUAAUCUGAGAUUUCCAUUAGCUCUUUUAUGCGCCAAAACACGAAAAAGUCAAAAAACAAAAAACUUUAAUGAAAGAUACAUCUUUCUGGAAAAACUGAAAAUUUUUAAGCAUUUUACUUCAACCAAAACCUGAAAUGUCGAUUACGGAAAACUCUUUACCUGCAAAUUGGAAAAAACCAGAUGAGCUGCUGCGUCUACAAAGAUUGAAGCAGAAAAAAAAGCAAUUAGCGGCCCGUAUUAGUCAUAACAGAAACAACAAUGAAGUCAAAACGAAUAACGAAACUGAUAAAGCCGCUCUGCUGGAGGCAAAAAUUGUUCAAAAAAGAAAGAAUCCAUUUGCAAAAUCGCUUGAAAAUGCCAAAAAAUAUAAAACAGACAUCGGCGCUGAUGGCGACGAUUUUCUAGUAAAAGCCGAAAAUGCAUCCACAACCGCUGAAAAAGAGGCUAUUGUGCGAGAAACACCCACCCGCCCCCUUCCUGCAAAAUUAGUUUUGCAACCUUUUGAUCCUAAGGCUUUUUCCGAGCUACUGCGGAAGACCACGUCGACUCAGUCCAUUGCGGAUGAUGAAGACAUCACUUUAGAUGACCAAAAAAUUACCAAACAUUUACCGAUGGAUUGGAGUUUAAAAACGAGAGUCCGUUUCUUUUGCCGCAAUGAAUUGCCAUCCACGCAACUGAAGACCAGUCAGCUGGCUAGUGGUCUCACCAGCUUCGUUCGUUGCAUUAGUACUCAGACAGAAGGCAAAGGUUUGGAUUUAUCGCCUGCGACCCGGUUUAAUCAAGCUACCUAUUAUUGGCAACAUCCCCACAUACCAUGGAUGACAUUGUUUCCUCGCAACAGUCGGGAAAAUACGGGAAUUACGUUAGGAGAAAAGGAACGUAACGCCUUAUCCGAAGAUUGGAAUUAUAGCUUUAGAGGCUUGUUUCAAUUGUUAAGAGCCAGGCAGUGUGCUUACUUUUAUCUAUGUGGGAACACUUUUACUGUUUUAUUUCGAGCAGCUGGUGUAGGGGGAAGAGCCGAAAUGCAUGCUUUUAUGUCUCCUACCACAUCUGGUUUACGUCAAUCUUUACGACAAGAAGGUAUAGAAUUUUCGAUGCCUUUGAGGAAGGAAAAAACGUCUAGUCAGCUAAAGCCAGAUAGUAGUGACCCGACGCAAUUAGAGAACGAAACAAGCAAAGAAGAAAGUGCGGAUAGUGAAGAAGACGAAGAGGAUGAAGAGUGGCUUGAACGCUUAGAAGUAGAUGUGAAAGAAAUUCGGAAAAUUCGGUCAGCACACGAACGCAAAUUGAAAUCGCAAGAAAUGUCUGACGAUUUCAGUGAUAAUUCGUUGAUGCUUAUCGAAGGUGCGGAAUGUCAAGGAUUCUUUAGUUUUCUGCUAAAUGCUAAAAGCACGAUAGGGACGGUAGGUCGGUUGGCGGGCGUCCCACCCACUUUAUUAGCCCCAAUAGCAUUUCCCAAAGCCACCAUGCAACACUUAAAUACACGAUCAAGCAAAGUACGUAUGGAUGGAAUAGAUUAUUACAGUAUAGAAGUAAAAGGUGUAAUUCUGCCCUCGUUUUUACCUUAUACUUGUCACCUUUUGGGGGAAACGAAAGAGACUUUCAGUGCAACUUUGGCCUCCAGCGUAAACACACUAGCAUUUAGUAAAGCUACUCAAAAAUUGCUACAAAAUCACGAGCCGUGCUCGACGGGCGAGAAGAGUGCAAGCGAUGAAGCGGCUUCUCAGGUUUUUGGGCAAGAAAAUCUUUCAGAUUGUGGUUUAGGAACAUGUGUUGUCGAAAGUAUGUGUCAAACAGGUCAACAAUCGGUUGCACUUUUAGAACGUGUGUGCUAUGACAAAGAACACGGCUACGCCUGGAGUUAGCUUUGUAUACAAAGGCGAAGUUCGUAUUAGUUUUCUCUUAG